ACUACAAAACACCAAGGCGCGCUGGAGCCUGGUAACAUUCUCCAAACUUCCACCGGUCCUGUACUUUUUUCUUGUAUCAACCCAUCAGAAGUUAUCCUUGUCCAUUCUAUCACAGACCAGUAAGCCAAAACAGCCCUAUCUUUAGCUAUGGAAGAUAUGGCCGCGCUCGAUAUUGCACUUGAUUCCGUGGGGCUGGACGAGCUCAAUAGCCCGGAGGCAAAGGCUUUGCUCGACACAAUCGACAGCCUCCGAGAGAUGCACGUUGGCGAGAUUGUUAAUCUGCCACAAAUCAUCGUCGUUGGGGACCAAUCUUCAGGAAAGAGCUCCGUCUUGGAAGCCAUUUCCCGCGUCCGCUUUCCCACCAAGGGCGACCUUUGCACUCGGUUCGCGACGCAGUUGGUCCUGCGACGAAGCCCGGAGACCAAGAUUAGGGUCAGGAUUGACGGUGCUACUGGGGCUGGAUCCGGCUCCUCUCAGCAGUUCCGUCGGGUCAGCUUUGACAAGGAUGCUCUCCCCGAGAUCAUUAAUGAGGCCACGGAGAAGAUGGGGAUCCGCGUCGGCAGCUCGAAAGGCUUUUCUAAAGACAUCCUUCAUGUGGAGAUAGCCGGUCCAGACAUCUACCCCGUCACUCUUGUCGACUUGCCAGGCUUCUUUCACUCGGAGACUGCAGACCAAACUCCCGAGGACAAGCAGAUCGUGAAGGAGCUCGCAGAGUCCUACAUGAAGCAGUCGAAGAGUAUUAUUCUCGCUGUUGUCUCGGCCAAUCAGAACCUUGCAAACCAAAUAGUUGUUGAAGAGGCCAAGAGAUACGAUCCCAACAGGGAGCGCACGGUUGGCAUCAUCACGAAGCCUGACCUAGCGGCACCGGGAUCUCAGGAUGAAAAGAAGUGCCUCCAGCUCAUCAGAGGUCAAGAAAGUAAGCACAAGCUAAAGCUAGGGUGGCAUGUUCUGCGAAAUCGACCAGAGGGCCAGGAAGAGGCGACAGCGGACGACCGAGAUACGGAAGAAGAGAAGUUCUUCCAGUCCGGCGCAUGGUCUAGCAUCAUCCCGAUGAGCCGCGGCAUCACACCCCUGCGAAAGAAGCUCAGCAAAGUGCUUUUGCAACAUAUCCAGAAGACACUUCCUGGCCUGAUUGAAGAGAUCGAGAAGAGCCUAUCUGCUCGCCAGAGAGCCAUUGAGCAGCUUGGAAAGCCCCGCUCGAAACCAGAUGAACUGCGAACGUAUUUGCUAGAGAUCGCCGAGCGGUUUCAGCGCCUUGCGCGUGAUGGCAUCGAUGGGCGGUACGGCGACGAGUUUUUCGGCGACUUGUACAACAAUCAGGGGACGCGAAAGUUACGUGCGCUACUGAGAGCAUUCAACCGUGCAUUCCACGCGACCCUGGUAUCCAAAGGAGUGGAUCGUGAGAUUGCAUGGGACGAUGAAGAAGGCUUUUCGGUGGAUGAUGGCGCCUUUGAGUGGAUUCAGAACGGAGAUGAUGGGCCCGAAUACCUAAAGCCAUUUCUUGAUCUCUUCAAGGACAUUUCAGACCCUACUCCAAUAUCUGAGACUGAGCUUCGCGAGGAGCUCGAAGAGCUGGCGGCGGCAAAUCAGGGGACCGAAUAUCCCGGUUUGCCCAAUGGUGACCUGGGAUUCCAACUCUUCAAGAUGCAAGCCAAACCGUGGGCUGGCAUCGCGGACGUUUACCUGGAUCAAGUUGCCGACUUUGCCAAGGCAUUUGUGGAAGAUUUAUUCAUUCACAUCAUUGGAGCCGACAAGCAGACCACUAACGCUAUCUUGGUGCUCUAUGUAGGCAGAUUCUUUGAGGAGAGGCGAAAGCUGCUGAAGGAGAAACUGCAAGAGAUUCUCCGGCCAUAUGUAUCUGCAUACGGCCCACCGCUUGACGCGGAGUUCCAUGCAGCCCUCUCGUCCAUGGUUACUGGGCGGGAGGCGGAACGUGUUGCAAGCCUGCUCGAAGAAAAGUUUCCUGCCGCUUUCACCGACAAGGCGGGAAAGGGUCUCACACAUGAAGAGGUCGAGGAGGCAAUUCGCAGUGCUAGGGCAGCCAAGGCUAGCGAAUUCGGUACAGAAAAGAUCGUUGGCAUGGCAAUGACACACUUUAAGAUGUCUCUCAGAACAUUCGCCGAGAAUGUUGUGAACCUGGCUGUUGAGAACUGUCUUGUUUCUGACCUCCCAACAAUCUUGACGCCGUCGACGGUGGUUCGAAUGGAUCAAGAACGACUGAUUGAACUCGCCUCUGAGUCUGAGACUGUUCAAGCGGAGAGACUGGAACUUCAACUCGAAGCCAAUAUCCUCAGAGAAGGCCUGGAAAGGUGCCAAAGAUCUCGUCUACACGAGAGAACAGUCCUUCCUGGGUCCUUUUUGAAUACCCCGGCUUCAACCUCGGGUAGGCACUCAGCUUCAACAUCCGAAACGGCUAAGCAAAGCUCGCCUCAUCCGAAAAACCCGGCACAUCCAUCAUCCAUCUUGGCAGAGAACUCUAGCUCAGUGAGGCCCUCAAAGCCUUCAGCGCAAACGCUCUUUGCCAAAGACUCGGGUUUCGGUAGACCCACGUCUGUGCAGCCAUCAAAAGCAGAAUCACCCCCGGCACCACAGACGCUCUUUGGCAACUCAGGCUUCGGUAGAUCCACGUCCGUGCAGCCAUCGAAAGCAGAGUCAUCCCCGGCACCACAGACGCUCUUUGGAAACCCAGCUUUCGGUAGAUCCACGUCUGUCCAGCCAUCGAAAGCAGAGUCAUCCCCGGCACCACCGCCAACACAGACACCAGGCUCCAGCCUAUUCGGGAACCCAAUUUCUAAUACCAAUGGCGUUGGAAAUGGGCCCUCUUCGUUUGGCACGAAGAAUGCUCAAGCCUCCGUGUUCGGUGGCUCCACCAGUGCCAGCACACAAUUCCGCGGCUUCGGUUCUGGACUUUGAGGUUCGUAGGGCAACUACUCUGUUCCAGGACGAAGCGUGAUACUUGUAUACAAGAACAAUGGGAACAUGAUGAGCUCAACUUUCCACGCCCCUGCAGCCGUUAGGACGAAUAUUGCUGUGGCCCAACUGUUCGUGAGUGUUAUCUUUUUGGUCUGUAUAGUAGUUUAUCUAGAUGGUAUCUGUCACGGGCCAGACGACAUGCCCGUAGAUGUGAUGCCGUGCGGAGCACGGAUUAGUACGGACCAAAAGAGGCUCUAGUAUUUUCCGGCAACUACUUGUACGUAACAGAGCUAGAGCUCUCCCUUGUUGAUUCUCCUUAGCUUUACAAAGGCCCAAUAGAGCACCCCUCUUAUUGACCAAGAAAGGGACCAGCCC